AUGAUAGCAGCACCUAUUAGAUGCACUCCUGGCUCAAUGGGAGAACACAACACGAAAGGCAGGAUGAAAGGGCCGGAGUCACUGAUUAGUUCGUUCCGGGGAAACCUGGAUUUCUCAAGACCUGAGGUUAUCCAGUACCAUGAAGGCGAGCAAUGGGGAAGGAUAAUGUGGACUCAGGAGGUGACCAGGAGGAGAAGGGAGAGAGUGGGAUUUGAUAGCAAUGAGAAGGCGGCAUUUUCUAAGCUUCUUAGGCCUCAAUACCGCCUUGUUAUCCAAGUUUUACGACUUUUGCUCUUGGAUAAACGAACAGUUCACUAUAACGCGACUUUCCCUGUUCGGCCGUUACCCGUGAAACGUGAACAGAUUCAAUACCUCGAGAAUACCGAGAAAACUUUACCGGUGCCUACUUCGUCGAACGAACGGGACGGCCGAAAGGCGUCAGUCCCACGCCAACUGAGGGACGGAAGUCUACAAACAAGAGAAAGCGUCAAAUCGACGAUGACUACCCUUUGCGAUGACCCGUCGACACUUGCGAGCCGCGUCAUUCCCGAUACAACAAGCCCAUCUGCCUGCUAA